CCCCCACCAACUUGGAGUGUGGCCCACCUGGAUGGGAGAACUGGUGAAGGAGAAACUGCUGCUGCUGGAAUAAAUGUUUAUGGUCAGGAACACCAGGCAGAGGGUGUGAGCACAGGUGUGGUGCCCAGAACCAGCACAGCCGGUGCUGGGAAGGAGGGAGAAGGCCGUGGCCACACACAGAAGCCUCCCCAAACCUAUCAGUCAGGACGCCAGUUGACUUGGCCUUGUAUCUCCCCGUGGUGACUUAACCCUAUAAAACCUAUAAAAGUAUCUUCUUUUAGAGAUCCCCAUGGCUUUCCUUUUCCUAUAAUAUCUCAGAAAGGGAUCUGAUUUUUCCCAUCAGCCCGUCCCCAGGACUGAAACUCCAACAUCAGAAUGCCAAUCUGAGGGUGAAGGCGUCUUCCCGGGUGAGGAGCCCAGGGACUUGCUGUCAGUCACUCACACCCUCCAGGGGCACUAACGCACACAGCGUUUCUAGGGGGGCAGCUCACUGGAGCAGGUCUGGGGGAGCGCAGGGUAUGAGAAAGGAAAGAGGAUCCCAGGGAGGCCAGGCCUGGAGACCGCGCUGGUCCUGGGAGGUGCGGUUCUCACCCCGUUGUACAGGGGAGGGAAACUGAGGCACAGAGGGGUCAUGUAAUCAUGAGUUCACUGUCCCUGGGCAGAGGAACCAGAACCCACGCCCUGGCCCCCAGAGCCCACACUCUGACCGUCACGUACAGUGAGGCAGUAUCACAUGGUGGCCGGGUGCACAGCGUCGGGGUUCAAAUUCCAGCUGCUCUGCUAUUUCUAGCUGUGUGACCUUGGGUGAUGUACCCCCUCUGUCCUCACUCGUGAAGUGGACAUAGUAGUAGUUGCCUCGCGGGGUUCCCUUAAUUGAGUUAACAGCGGUAACACGUUUGGAGCAGCGUCAGGCGUGCAGCCCCACCGUCCGGUAAAAUGAGCUAUUAUUCCUGAACCCCAUGACCUUGAAGAGUCCAGGGUUCUUCAGGAGCCUAAAGCUUCGCCGGCCCCGGGGGCUCCCGGAAUCUUCCCGCGGCAUUCUAGGCUCUUCGGGCUGUGCUGUGGCGUCCUGCUUCCCGGCCGGCCCAGCCGGCGUGGGGCCACCUGCCCAGCCCAGCGCAGCCCCACGCAGGCAAAUGAGGUGAUGUCAAAGCCCUGGCCGGGGCCCAGCCCUGAAUCCUCCCCCUCUCCCUCCCUCAUGUUUCCCCUCCUUCAGGUUCACACACACACACACACACACACACACACACACACACGCACACGCACGCACACAGGCUCUGGCCGCCCCAGGGAAGGUGAGAGGGAGCGAAGGUGGGCGGGUGGCCCGGGGCCAUCGAAGCGUAGCUCCUGGCCCGGUGCGUGGUCCGCCCCCUGCAGCCGGCCCGGAGCCGCCGCCCCGCCGCAGCCAUCCCCGAGCGUCCCCUCCUCUGCGCCAGCCCGUGUCACCCCAGCCGGGGCCUGGCCGGGCAGCCAUGGCUGACGAGAAGACCUUCCGCAUCGGCUUCAUCGUGCUGGGGCUCUUCCUGCUGGCCCUCGGCACGUUCCUCAUGAGCCACGACCGGCCCCAGGUCUACGGCACCUUCUACGCCAUGGGCUGCGUCAUGGUGAUCGGGGGCGUCGUCUGGAGCAUGUGCCAGUGCUACCCCAAGAUCACCUUCAUACCCGCUGACUCGGACUUCCAAGGCAUCCUGUCCCCAAAGGCACUGGGACUCCUGGAGAAUGGGCUCGCUGCGGAGAUGAAGAGCCCCGAGCCCCCAUACGUCAGGCUGUGGGAGGAAGCCGCCUACGACCAGAGCCUGCCCGACUUCAGCCACAUCCAGAUGAAGGUCAUGGGCUACCAUGAGGACCCUCGCCCCCUGCUGGCGUCGGGGCCAGGACAGCCGCAGCCGCAGCCGGGAGCCGGUGAUGGAGGAGAAGGUGGCCCUCGUGAUGCUCAGGCCUGGAUGGAGGCCACCGUGGUCAUCCACAGGGGCUCGGAUGAGGAUGAGGGUGGAAGCCAGCCCACUCCGAGCAGGCCUGGCCUCCAGGCCUGUCCCCAGGGCCCUGCACCGUUGGCUUCCUUCCGAGAUGAUCUAGACAUGGACUCCAGUGAGGGCGGCAGCCCCAACCCCUCUCCACCUGAGGGGGAGGGGCCCCAUCCCCCGCCUCGGGAGCCCUGGGCCUGCAGGUGCCAGCUGGACCGCUUCCAUGACUUUGCCCUGAUUGACGCUCCCACACCAGAAGAUGCACCUCCAGAGGGGCAGCGGCAGGAUACGGCCCUGUCCAGCUGUCGGCAGCAGUCCCAGAGGACAAAGGAGGAGGAAGAGAAGGUUUCAGACACAGGAGCAGAGGAGCCAGAGCAGGAAGAGGAAGACUUGUACUAUGGGCUGCCGGACAGCCCUGGUGACCCCCUCCCGGACAAGGAACUGGGCUUUGAGCCCGACGCCCAGGGCUGAGAUGGAACCAUUCCUUGGGUUCUAGCCCGACACCACUGCUAAUCCCCAUGUGACCUCACAGGGCCUUAAUGUCCCUGUCUGCCAAAUGGGCUUAUGUGGAGGUUCAUAGGAGUAAGUGGACCUGAGGGCAUUUUGAAUGCUCAAAGAAGUGCGCGGGAGGGGAUGCUUGCUGUCCAUGGACCAUUGCUCUUCAACUAUUAAUUGUCUUUGGUGAAGCUUUGCAGGUAAAAUAUGAUUCAUUGAGAUUUGCAGCCGCUGGGGCCCCCAAGAGCUGUUUCUGCCUCCCCACAAAGCUGGAUUCUGAACAGACCCUCCUUGGUGCUACCCCUGAGGCCCUGAUCCUCUGUGAGGGCCUCUUAGGGCUCCCGUUCUGUCGAGUCUUGUAGCCGACCCCCCAUGCUCCCCCCCGCCCCACCCCUAGGUAGCUGGAGUGAUCCAUCUUCCCUCAGAGCUAACCACGUUCAUCCUGCCCACUCCCUCCUGUGGUUUCCAUUGCCCCAGAUCCAAACCUUCCCUGACUCACCUCUGGUGACUUCCCAGCUUUCUCCCCCUUCAUCCCAUGCCUCAACCUCUGUUGCUCCAAUUCCCAGCCCACUCCCCCACCCCCACCCCCACCCCAAGACCAUCCUAAGCUGUCCCCUCCACCAGUAGGCCCUGUGCUUCCUUGUCUGGCAAAUUCACACUCAUCCUUCAAACCCUGGCACAGAUGUCCCUCCUCUGAAAGCUUUUCCCACUGUUACCACUUACCGCUUCUCUGAAUACGUUCUUUCUGGCUCCUCUAUGCCAUCUUUGGGCCUUGUACGUUUGUUGCUGGAGCAUGACAACUGCUCAAGGCUAGCGUCUUUGCUCUACUCGCCUCAGUAUCUCCUGUGCUCAGAUCAAUGCCCACUGAAGGUUUACAAAGCCGACCAGAGCCUUUUGCAGAUGAGCCUUUUGCAGACACCCAUGCCCUAAGUCUUAGAUUCCCAGGCCCUUCGCUCUCCCCGCUUCCCUCCCCCCCAUCUCUGGUAUGCAAACCUCCAAAUGGCACACCAUAUGAGUCACAAAGGCAGGCAGAAAGUCCCCAAAGAAACCCCCUUCCCUGCAGAAUACAUCUGCAUUGGCUCGGGAUGGUGGGUGAAAUGAAGCCUCCUGGCUUGAUUCGAUUUGAUUCGGGUGGCAUUUACUGAGCAUCCACUGUGUGCCGAACACAACGCCAGGAUUUUUAGGGGGAGACGGACGUGAACUGGUAAGAUUCUUGUCCUCCAAGAGCUUACAGUCUACUGAGCUUGGUGCCUUGUGAGUUAGGAACAGAGGCAGAGUACAAGCCAAGGUGGGAGCAGAGAAGUUAAAAAUGGCCAGCAGAGCCCAGAGGUGGUGGAGUGACAACCACACAACCAUCUCUGGUCCAUUGAAUGCAGGGACAAAUAGCUCAGGCUCCCUGAGCAGCCCCCGGAGAUACCACUGUACUGUAGGCACACAGUGUAAGGCCUUUAACAGGCUCAUCUCUGCAAAGUGCCUGCGUGCCCCAGCACGGACAGCGGCAGCUUCAGAGAGAGGGGCCGUGGUACCCCUUCACGCCAGGUCCGCACGCUCAGAACUUGCACCCUGGGCCGCUGGGCGGAGGAGACCUUCAUCUAGGCUUGGCCUCUGGGUUGGAGUUGGGGAUCUCAGCUGAGGGAAGGAGAGGCCCCCAGGGCUGAGUCCAAAGUGCUUGCCCCUGGGGCGCCUAGAUGGCGCUGUGGGUUGGGCCUCCAAUUCUUGGUUUCAGCUCAAGCCCUGGUCCCAGGCUUGUGAGAUCAAGCCCGAGUCAGGCUCCCUGCUCAGCGCAGAGUCUGCUUAAGACUCUCCACCUCCCUGCCCAGUAAAAAAAAUAAGUAAAAAAAAAAAAAAAAAGUGCACACCCCUGGAAACACACUCCUCUUUCACUCUGGGUCAUUACUACCUCGAGGAGGAGAGCCUUUAUGGUGAGGGGUGCCAGUGGAUGCAUCCCCCUGCUGUAAUGUGCUCUUGCUAGUAGCCCCGAGACUGGGGACACAGUGAGGGGCAGUGUGCCCUGCUUACGAAGUGAGGGAGGGAGCAGGUGACCUGCAUCAGAAGGGUUGUCUGGGCAAACAGCUAAAAUAAAGUUUUCAGUGUGUAAAA